UAAAUCUGCUCUCUGUUUCAGUCAUGGCUCCACAGCUCUCCUCCUCUUCCUCAGCAGUCCGGCUCUCCUCCUCUUCCUCAGGCGGCGUUCUUCCCGCCGGUGGACGCCGUCAUGCUGCCGACAGGAAGUUUCAACAACCGGGUGGCGUUCAUCACGGGGGGGGGGACGGGCCUGGGCCGGGCCAUGACCACCGCUCUGUCCCAGCUGGGAGCGCAGUGCGUCAUCGCCAGCAGGAAGCUGGACGUCCUGCAGAAAACAGCCGAAGAGAUCAGCAGCCAGACUGGAAACAAGGUCCAUGUGGUUCAGCUAGAUGUCAAAGAUCCUGAGGCGGUCUCUCGUUGUGUGGACCAGGUGGAGUCUCUGACGGGACUUCCUGAUGUGAUCAUCAACAAUGCAGCAGGAAACUUUGUCUGUCCGUCAGAACAUCUGUCGCCGAACGCCUGGAAGAGCGUCACAGACAUCGUCCUGAACGGGACCGCCUUCGUUACUCUGGAGCUCGGCAAAAGACUGAUCCAGAGUCAGAAAGAUGAAGGUAGAGCGUCUCUGAUAGCUGAUGUGGAUGUGAAUUCAGCAGCAGAUAACCAGGUGACAUGA